AUGAGCGCCGCCCUCCCUCGAUUGACCUCGGACCCUGCAGCUGCGUGGAACGAUCAUGAGCAAUACGGAACCAUGAAUCGGGGACAUUCAAAGAGUACCACACAACAUCCGGGGUCUAUGAUGCAUGGACCGAGCAGACAGCGCAAUGGCUUCGGCGGCAAUGGUGAGAAGGCCGUGCCCGUACCAGGGUCGACGGUAUUCGGGAACGGCGCAGAUAGAAAGAGCAGUAUCUCACAGGCCCAGCCGUUAUUCGAUAUAGCGAGAAGCCCUCCCACCACGUCAAGCAAGAAUACCAAGCACGUCCCGUGUAAAUUCUUUCGUCAGGGGGCCUGCCAGGCAGGUAACGCGUGCCCUUUCUCCCAUUCUCUCGACCCAAUGACGCAGCAAGCACCUUGCAAGUAUUUCAUGAAGGGGAAUUGCAAGUUCGGCGCCAAAUGUGCCCUUGCCCACUAUCUUCCUGACGGGCGACGAGUCAAUCGAGCAGACCUCGAUGCUGGGUUCGCCAUGGCAGGCCGAAAUUUCAACUACGCCAAUCGAGCAGACCAAGCGCCAUUCCCCAGCCAGGAACCCAGCCUGGCCGAUCCCGUACUCAACCAACCGCCUUACAACUCAGACUACUUCCCAGGUCAAGGGUUUCCGUUGAUGGACAGUGAUGAAGCAGAUGCGUUUCAAGACCGGUACAACCAAUAUCAACCGCCCUCCACCCUCGAUUCCGGACUCAACUCUCCCCCAACAUCUCAGUUUGGUUCUCCCCCCAAUGAUUUCCAAUUCCCUAAAUCGCCCGUCGAAAAUCUUCGGACCGCCCUCAAUGCGCCUCUACCACAAUCCUUUGACGCGAACGGAGUUUCCCACAUAGCGAAGUACGGACCUCUCGGUCAGUCUGUCCCAGACAAGUUUGGCAUGCGAUCUCCAGCCUCUUCUUCGUUGUCAAGACAACUUGGAAGUCCUCCGGAAUCGAUUGUCAAUGUUCGAAACGCUAAUUUAGGGUCUAAUCUGAGAAACGUGUCGCCUUUGGGUCUUUCACCGCAGAAUGCCGAGGAGUCCAUUGGCCAGCGAAUCAUGCAUUCUCAGAGGCCCGUCAAAUCGAGAGGGCUGUCAGCAAGUGUUCCGCGUCCAUAUUUACCUUAUGAAUGGGAGGAGGGGUUAGGGGCGGAGACAGACUUGCUUCCCAAUAGUUUGCACGACGAAGUCCUCACUCCCCAGGAAAAAAUGCGCCGCACUUCAAGAGCGGAUCAAGAGCACAGUUCCAAGGAUCACGUCCACGCCCUGGCAAUUCCAAGUGGAACUUCAAGCAAAGUCGGAUCACCACCAGCAGGAAGUCCUUCUAGAUUCAGUGCCUUAUGGGCUGAACAGAGGGAGAAAAAGGCUGCCGAAAACAACGGGCCGUCCAGCUUUGGCCAUGUGGGUUCUCCUCUUCGUGGGUCCUGGAUGCCCAACGAGUCAACGCCGAGCGUACAGAUAUCUGGGAUAUCCCAAGCGAUGGCCCGCAUGCAGCUCAAUCGAGUCGACUCUGGCGAAUUGAAUGGUUUGAGGCUCCAGUCCAGUGGUUUGAGACAUUCCUCGGCGCCAAUUGGCCGAUUUGAUCGUGGGAUCUCCAGCCCUGGCCUGAGUUCCAAGAAGAUUGACGAGGAGGUUGAAGGAGUAUUCUUCCCCAUGGACGGCGAUGACAGGACACCAAACUGGUCAGGCCAAUCGCCUCGACUUGUGCCACUGCGUGACCGAAGCAAUGGAACCAUAGGUUCGGGAAAUGGGCCAGAAAUCUCGCCGAUUCUUCUGCAGCGCGCAAGAGCAGUGGCCGCCGAGCACCAGCAACUGGCUGCGGCAAACGCAGAGAACUACGAUGUCGCCGUCGCGAAGAAGAUCGGGGAGCUGGGUCCCGUGUCGACGGCGUUGAAGGAGUGGGAUGAUGCUCAGAAUUCUCUCAGAGAACUCAAUGCUCUCCUGCACGACCCUUCUUCCGACUCCGAGCUUCGCUCCCUCGCGGAAACCGACAUCCAAGCGACUACCGCAUCCUUGCACUCACUUGCCUCAAAUCUCAAGAGGUCGCUCAUCCCGCCUCACCCUUUCGCCUCUAUGCCCUGUCUGAUCGAAAUCCACCCGGGCGCUGGAGGCUCCGAGGCUUCCCUCUUCGCCCAGUCCCUCUUGAACAUGUACACCGACUUCUGCACGCGGAAGAGAUGGCCUACAACCCUGGCGAGCUACACGCCGGACGACUCAACCCAUGAGGCGGGACUGACCGAUGCACUGCUGGAAAUCAACCAUCCGGGGUCGUACGAUGUAUUAAGGACAGAGGCAGGAGUCCAUCGCGUCCAGCGUGUCCCCACGACCGAGAAGAAAGGCCGCACACACACCAGUGCGGUCUCAGUGCUCGUGCUGCCCAACCUGCCCGACUCUCCCGCCCACGCCGAGGGCUUGGACUACGACGACCCGAACUCGGACUACUACAUUUCGGCGGCGGAGGUCAAGUCGGAGACGAUGCGGGCGCGCGGUGCGGGGGGCCAGCACGUCAACAAGACCGACUCGGCGGUGCGGUUGACGCACAUGCCGACGGGGACGGUGGUGGCGAUGCAGGAGUCGCGGUCGCAGCACAAGAACCGCGAGAAAGCCUGGACGCUGCUGCGCGCCAAGCUGGCCCAGAUGCGCCGAGAACAGCGCGAGGCUGAGGUCAUCAGCAUGCGCCGCGCCGCCAUGGGUGGCGUCGCCCGCACCGGCCGCGAGGACAAGGUGCGCACCUACAACUUCUCGCAGAACCGCGUCACCGACCACCGCUGCGGCGUCGAGACCAGCGACCUCGACGGCGUCCUGGCCGGCGGUGAGAGUCUGGAGGAAGUUAUGGGCAGCGUGCGCGAGUGGAUGAACGAAGAAGAAGUGAGGGGCCUGGUCGCCGAGGAGGAGAUGAAGAUGAAAAGCACAGUAAGGGCAUAG